AUGGCAAGUAAUAAUAAUAAUAGUAAUAGUAAUAGUAAUAAUAAUAAUAAUAAUAGUAAUAGUAAUAGUAAUAGUAAUAAUAAUAAUAAUAAUAGUAAUAGUAGUAGUAAUAGUAAUAGUAAUAGUAAUAGUAAUAGUAAUAGUAAUAGUAAUAGUAAUAAUAAUAAUAAUAAUAAUAAUAAUAAUAAUAAUAAUAAUAAUAAUAAUAAUAAUAAUAAUAAUAAUAAUAAUAAUAAUAAUAAUAAUAAUAAUAAUAAUAAUAAUAAUAACAAUAACAUUAGUAGUACGAGUGAUGAACAAAAAGAAAAACUAUUUUGGAAAGUUUUCAGAAGCAAGUAUUUAUUUGAUAAAAUUUUCAAUAAAAUAUAUGAAAUUGAAUGGGUUUAUUAUAGUGAUCCAUCAAGAUAUAAUGUUGACAAUAGAUAUAAAUUUAGAGAUAUUCAUUCAUUAGAGUUAAUGUUAGAUAAUCAAUUAUUCUCUUUAAUAAAAAAUAAAAUUAAUCAUAAUGAUUAUAUUGAAAUUACAGUAGCAUCAAUUACAAUUUUAUUUGAAAAUUCACAAAGCAAAAGCGAAUCACCAUCAUUAGCACCAUCAUUAGCACCACCAUCAUUAACACCAAAAAUAAUUUGUAAAGAAAUUAGUAAAGAAGAAGUAGAAGAAAAGAGAAAAGAGUAUUUAGAAAUCCUUAGAUUAUUAAUGAUAUAUAAAAGAAAAGAACUUGAAAAUUGUGGUGAUCUUAUUGAGCUUGCAGUACAAUCGGAAAGUCCAGACGUGAUACGAUUAUUAGUUAAUGAACCUUUUAAUGUUAGAAUUAAUCAAAAUGUAUUUGAAAAUUCAUUUUCAAACUCAAAUUUAUCAACAAUCAAAGAGUUGGUGAAUUCAAAUUCAAUCAAUUUAAAAAACCAUGCAUUUGAAUUGAUAAAUGAAUCUUUUAAAGAGAAAUCAAUUUAUUUAGUUAUUGGAUACUUUUUUGAUAAUAAUAAAGUUGAAAUACUUAAAUACCUAUUGAAUAAUGCAUAUCUUUACACAAAACCAGACCCAACAUCUUUUUUACCUCUUGAAAAUCAUAAAAAAAAGAUGAGAAUAUCCAGAAAUGGUCUUUCUUCAAUCACGAAUCAACUUGAAAAUCAAAAACAAAAUAGAGUAAAAAGAUAUAAUAUUGGUUUCUACCAAUUCUUACGUAUUCAUAAUGAAGAUGUAAUGAAUAGAAUUAUGGAUUUGGAUUUAGUUUUGGUUAUUCCUCAAUCAGAUAAUGAUUUUAACCUUUCAUUUGAAUUAAGAAUGGAUAGACCUUAUGAAAGAUUAAUGGUUAUUCUUAGAGCUCAUUUCAAAUAUAAUUUAAAUUCACAUAAUACAACCGAAAGAGAUAAAUUAAUUCAAGAAAGAAUCAAUUACAUUCGUACAAAUAAUAAUGAAAAUUUCGAUAAAUUAAAAGAAUUAAGGAAAUUAAUUGCAAUUGAACUUAAACCAUUUAAUUUUUAUUUUUAUUAUUUUAAUGUAUAUGGUGAACCAAUUGAAGAGCUUGGUCCAGUUCCUAACAAACAAAAUGAAGAAUCUAAUAACUCAUUAAAACAACAAGAAGGAAAUGAUGAAGAUGAUGAAGAUGAUGAAGAUGAUGAAGAUGAUGAAGAUGAUGAAGAUGAUGAAGAUGAUGAAGAAGAAGAAGAACUAGAAGAACCAGAACAACCAGAACAACCAGAACAACAAGAACAACACCAAGAAGAAGAUGAAGAAGGAGGACAACCAGGUGAAUUAGAUAUUGAUUUAUUUUUUGAAGAUCAAGAUGAACAAUAUGAAUCAGAUAAUGAAAUUCAGAGAAUUGAUGAAGGUACAUUUUCUUCUAAAACAUUUUUUCAAAAAACUGAAACAAAUUAUAAAAAAUUGGUUAGAUCUGUUUAUGAAAAAUCAUUGAAAUAUUCAAAAGUAAUGAUUAUUUAUUUAAAAGCAAUUAAAGAAGGUGAUACUGAUACAUUAAGGAGAGUUGAUUUGGAACAUGGCGAAGAUUUCAAUUUCACAUUAGAGUUAUCAUAUUAUCAUCGAUUUGAAUUACCAAUUGAUACCAUUGACAUGAUGAUGAAACUUUGGAGCUAUUUCAAUAAAUGUUCAUUCAAACAAUUUAGAAAAAAGUAUUUAUAUUUUGAAUUCUUAUCAAAGUUUACAAUGUUAAUACCACCUCCAAAAUUAGAACUCACAUAUAAAGUACCAAAGGUAAAAGCAACCAUUUUCAUUGCUACUUUUCUUAGAGAUAGAAACUUUACAAUGGCUGAGCUAUUCAUUAGAAAUCGUUGUCCUUUUACAUUAUGGGAUCAACUUGGUAUUCAAGGUUUUUUAGCAAGGGAGAGGUUCCUAUUUUUUGGUGUUGACAAAUCAAUCUUUUAUUUUAAUAAUAAUGUUGAUCAGAUUCUCUAUUUAUUCAAUCUAAUGUUUGAAAAAUAUUCAAAUGAAGAUGAUAAAUAUAAAAUGAUUUGUAGACCAUAUUACACCACCGUUUUCCAUCACUUGUAUGACACAUUAAUCAGAACCAAUGGCUUGUCAAUCGAUCAAUUGGAAUCAAUUCGUAAUAGCUUGGAAGAGAAUUCAUUUUUACCUCAAGAUAAUCUAUUCCGUUGUUUCUUUUAUCUUAAUAUAAGAUCUCCUAAAUUAUCAAGAUUCAUAAUGAGAAUUCCUGGUCUAAAUAUAAAUUCAAAUUAUAAUACUUCAAAUUAUAAUAAUGAACAUCCAAUCUCUGGAUAUAGUUUAAGUGAAAACUUUGAUACAAGCUUUUUUUCAUAUGAUUAUGUUUUAGGUAGAUCUAUUACUUUCAAAACAACAUUAGAUCAAAUAAUUUUCCAAUUAAUUAAAAAACUAUCAUUUGAAAUUUUCUCGGACACUAAUAGAGAUUUAAAUGUUUAUGGUGGUGAUUUCGUUGGUCUAUCUUUAAAUGCAGAUUUACAAUAUAGUUUAGAUAUUAGAAGAAAAGAUAUAUUUUGGGAAUUAUUAGAUUGGAUUGAUCUUCAUAUGGCUAGAAAUGAAAAUUUAAUUAUUGAUCAAUCAUAUCAAUUUAAUUCACCAUUAGAAUCAGUAUUACCAACAAGUAAAAUUUAUAAUGGUAAAUUAAAAAAUUUUAUACCAAAAAUUACAACAACAGCAACAACAACAACAGCAACAACAACAUCAACAACAACAACAGAAUCAACAACAACAGAAUCAACAAAAAGAUCAAUAACUGAUAAAUAUUAUGAAAAACCAACUCCACGUGAAUCAUUAUUUAAAAUUGAUUGGAAUGAAAGUAAUUUAGAUGAUCAAUUUAAACCAGUUCAAAAAUUAAUUAACAUAUUCAAAUUCUCAAAUGAACUUUUAUUUUCAAUUUGUAAAGUUAUGGAAGUUCAAGAAAUUGAAAGAAUUUUAAGAUUCAAUACCUAUGUUUCAGAUUUUCAUAAUACUAUUUAUUAUUGGGCUGUAAAAGCAAACAGAUUCGAUAUAGUUUCUUUCAUGUUUGAUAAUUUUAACAUUCAAAUCCAUACAAAUGAUUCCAAUAAUUAUUUAAAAGAAAAAUAUUUAAUUGAAAAUCAUUUAGAAAAAGUAUUUAAUUUACAUUCAUCAAGAUUAGAUUAUUUUGAUGAAAAAGAUUCAAAACUUCAUUUAAUUAUUUUAAAUGAUUUAAUUUUUUAUCUUUGUAAAAGUAAAAAUAAUAUAAUUUAUAAUCAAUUUAUUAAUAAUAAUAAUAAUAAUAAUAAUAAUAAUAAUAAUAAUAAUAAUAAUAAUAAUAAUAAUAAUAAUAAUAAUAAUAAUAAUAAUAAUAAUAAUAAUAAUAAUGAUAUGUUGGAAAUUAGAAGUAAAAUAAUUCAAGUUGCAAUUCCAACAAUAAGAAAUGAAUUUUAUCAAAAAAAUGAAAAUAUAGUAGGUGAUAGCAAAACAAUCUCAAAUGAAUCACUUUCUUUAGUAAUCAAAAAUCAACCAGAGAAAGUUAACCUAUUAAAAUCAAUCAUUGAACAACCAGAAAUUCAAUUGCAAUUAAAAUCGAUUCUUAGACAACUUUUAAGAAAUGAAAAAGAAAAAAGAGAAUCCAAUUAA